GGUCCAUCUGAAAACCAAAACCCUAGCUCCACUUAGCACUUUCCCACGUCCUUCUUGUUACAAAAACCCUAAACAACGCAGCAGCAGGCCAGAAACUGAAAAAAAGAUGAAGAUCGUCGCUGCUUUUUUGCUCGCCGUGUUGGGAGGCAACAACAGCCCCACCGCCGAUGAUUUGAAGAAAAUUCUAGGAUCCGUUGGCAUUGAUGCCGAUGAGGACAGAAUUGAGUUGUUGCUGUCUCAAGUCAAAGGAAAGGACGUAACCGAGUUGAUUGCUUCUGGAAGGGAGAAAUUAGCUUCAGUACCUUCCGGUGGUGGUGUUGCCAUGGCUACAUCAGCAGCCCCUGCUGCCGGAGGCGGUGCAGCAGCCCCUGCUGCUGAGGCCAAGAAGGAAGAGAAGGUUGAGGAGAAGGAAGAGUCCGACGAUGAUAUGGGUUUCAGCCUCUUUGAUUAAGUCUGGUAUUUGAUUGAAUCUUUUUGUCUCUCUACUUAGCAGCCUCUUUGAUUAAGUCUGGUAUUUGAUUGUAUCUUAUUGUCUUUCUACUUAGUCUUUAUAAGUUAAAAGUAUGACAAGUUGGUUAGUAUUUUUGUCUGGAAUUGAGCUUUAUAAUUAAUUUUUGGAGCUGAGUUCAA